GUGUGGACCAUGAAACCAGGCCAAAUCCUAUGGGCUCUUAUAUUUAUGCAUACACUAUGGCUUCAACCGGCUGAUGGGUCCACUCGAGUCUACUAUCUGGGCAUCCAAGAUGUGCAGUGGAACUAUGCUCCUAAGGGAAGUAAUGUCAUCAUGAACCAAACUCUGGACAAUGACAGAUUCGCUGCCAGCUUCUUAAAAUCUGACAAGAACCGGAUAGGGAGUACUUACAAGAAGACCAUCUACAAAGAAUACACAGACAGCUCAUAUGUAGAUGAGGUGCCUCAGCCAGCUUGGUUGGGAUUCCUUGGACCAGUGCUACAGGCUGAAGUGGGGGAUGUCAUUCUUAUACAUCUGAAGAAUUUUGCUAGUCGUUCCUACACCAUCCAUCCUCAUGGCGUUUUCUAUGAGAAGGAUUCAGAAGGUGCUCUAUACCCAGAUGGUUCCUCUGCACAGUUUAAAUUGGAUGAUUCUGUUCCCCCUGGGGGUAGCCAUGUCUACAAUUGGACCAUCCCAGAAAGUCAUGCACCCACAGAUGCUGAUCCAGCAUGCCUCACCUGGGUCUACCAUUCUCAUGUGGAUGCUCCACGGGACAUCGCUACUGGCCUCAUUGGACCUCUCCUAACUUGUAAAAGAGGAGUCCUGCAUGGGAAUUCCUCUACUCAGCGUCUGGAUGUGGACCAUGAUUUCUUCCUGUUCUUUAGUAUAGUAGAUGAGAACCUUAGCUGGCAUCUCAGUGAGAACAUUGCCACUUACUGCUCAGACCCUGCCUCAGUGGAUAAGGAAGACGAAGACUUUCAGGAGAGCAACAGAAUGCAUGCAAUAAACGGAUUUGUUUUUGGGAAUUUACCAGAGCUGAGUAUGUGUGCACAAAAGCUUGUGGCCUGGCACUUAUUUGGUAUGGGCAAUGAAGUGGAUGUCCAUACAGCAUACUUCCAUGGACAGAUGCUAACCAUCCGAGGCCAUCGCACUGAUGUGGCUCACAUCUUUCCAGCCACCUUUGUAACUGCGGAGAUGGUGCCUCAAGAGUCUGGAAGCUGGCUAAUUAGCUGUCAAGUGAAUAGUCACUUGCAAAGCGGUAUGCAAGCACUCUACAAUGUCAAGCCUUGUUCCAAGGCCCCUCCUGUGCACCACCUCACAGGAAAAGUCCGACGAUACUUCAUUGAAGCCCAAGAAAUUAAAUGGAAUUAUGGCCCAAUGGGGUUUGAUGGGAGAACUGGGAAGAGUUUAUUGGAACCAGGCAGUGGAUCAGAUAAGUUCUUCCAGAAGAGCUCCAGUCGAAUUGGAGGCACCUACUGGAAAGUCCGAUAUGAAGCCUUCCAAGAUGAAACAUUCCAGGAGAAGGUGAAGCUGGAAGAUGAAAAGCAUUUGGGAAUCAUGGGACCAGUGAUCCGGGCUGAAGUGGGUGACAUCAUCCAGGUAGUCUUCUACAAUCGUGCCUCUCGGCCAUUCAGCAUUCAGCCCCAUGGGGUCUUUUAUGAAAAAGACUACGAGGGAACUGUGUACAAUGAUGGUUCAUCCUAUCGUGGCUUAGUGGCAAAACCCUUUGAGAAAGUAACAUACCGCUGGACAGUACCGCCACAUGCUGGCCCCAGUGCUCAGGACUCUGCAUGUAUGGCUUGGAUGUAUUUCUCUGCCACAGAUCCCAUCAGAGACACAAAUUCUGGCCUUGUGGGUCCCCUCCUAGUGUGCAAGUCUGGGGCUUUGGCUGCAAAUGGCAAGCAGAAAGGAGUGGACAAGGAGUUCUUUCUACUGUUCACUGUGUUGGAUGAGAACAAAAGCUGGUAUAACAGUACCAAUCAUGCAGCCGCUAUGUUGGAUUCCCGACUUCUUUCAGAAGAUAUCAAAGGCUUCCAAGAUUCCAACCAGAUGCAUGCCAUUAAUGGGUUUCUGUUCUCUAACUUGCCUGGUCUAGACAUGUGCAAGGGCGAUAUGGUGGCCUGGCACCUGCUUGGUCUGGGCACAGAGACUGAUGUUCAUGGAGUCAUGUUCCAGGGAAACACCGUACAACUUCAGGGCAUGAGGAAGGGUGCAGCCAUGCUGUUUCCUCACACUUUUCUCAUAGCAACCAUGCAGCCUGACAAUAUUGGGACAUUUGAAAUUUACUGCCAAGCAAGUAAUCACUGGGAAGCAGGAAUGAGUGCAAUCUAUAAUGUCUCUCAGUGUCCUGGCCGCCAAGCUACUCUUCGUCAACAGUAUCAGGCUGCAAGAAUCUAUUACAUCAUGGCAGAAGAAAUGCAGUGGGACUAUUGCCCUGACAGGAACUGGGAACUGGAAUAUAGCAACCAGUCUGAGAAGGAGAGUUAUAGUCACAUCUUCCUGAGCAACAAAGAUGGGCUUCUGGGUUCCAGAUACAAGAAAUCUGUAUUUAGGGAAUACACUGAUGGUACAUUCAAGAUUCCUCGCACAAGGACUGAACAAGAAGAGCACUUGGGAAUUAUGGGCCCACUGCUCAGAGGAGAGGUUGGUGAUAUUCUAACGGUGGUGUUCAAGAACAAUGCCAGCCGCCCCUACUCUGUGCAUGCUCAUGGAGUGCUAGAAUCCACUAAUAGCCAACCACUGGCUGCUGAGCCUGGUGAAGUAAUCACUUACCGAUGGAAUAUACCAGAGAGAUCUGGUCCUGGACCCAAAGACUCUGCUUGUAUCUCCUCGAUUUAUUAUUCUUCAGUGGAUCCCAUCAAGGACAUGUAUAGUGGCCUGGUCGGACCCUUGAUCAUCUGCCAGAAGGGCAUCUUGGGACCUUAUGGAACACGGAGUGACAUAGACCGGGAAUUUGCCUUAUUGUUCUUGAUCUUUGAUGAGAACCAAUCAUGGUAUCUGGAGGAAAAUGUGGCAACCCAUGGGUCUCAAGAGCCAAGCAAUAUCAUUCUACAAGAUCAGACUUUCUUGGAGAGCAAUAAAAUGCAUGCCAUCAAUGGAAAGUUGUAUGGUAAUCUCAAAGGUCUAACCAUGUACCAAGGAGAAAAUGUGGCCUGGUAUAUGCUAGCCAUGGGCCAAAAUAUUGACCUACAUACUGUCCACUUCCAUGCUGAGAGCUUCCUCUAUCAGAAUGGAGAACGCUACAGGGCAGAUGUUGUGGAUCUAUUUCCAGGGACCUUUGAAGUUGUAGAGAUGGUGGCUACCAACCCUGGAACAUGGUUGAUGCAUUGCCAUGUGACUGACCAUAUCCAGGCUGGCAUGGAGACUCUUUUUACUGUCUUGCCACAACAAGAACCCUUAAGCAGUAUCAACACUACCACUAAAGAAAUAGGAAAAGCAACAAACUCCAAAGACAUUGAAGACAAUGUGAGGAUAGUAGGCCUGCAGAUCCCUAUAAAGGACAUCGACAUGCUGUUCUCUGGAUUGAUUGCUAUGUGUAUCAUCCUUCUGCUCACUGUCCUGGCUCUUGGUGGAACAGUCUGGUAUCAACAUUGGCAGAGAAAGUUACGGCGCAAUAGAAGGUCGAUUCUGGAUGAUAGCUUCAAACUUCUAUCCCUCAAUCAGUAA